AUGGAGUCCGACAGUGCCGCCAGACGCUCGCAGCAGCUCGCCGUGUUUUCCGCGUCCGCGGAAGCCGCCGCAGUAGACGUUGCGCCCCCCGCCUCCGGGCUUGCCUCGUCUCCUCCCGCCGCCAUUGUCGUCGCGGAGCCAGCUGCCGCUCAACCGCCGGUAUCCGAAAUACAGGCGAGUCGGGUUCUAUUCCUUCUGUUGGCGUUAAUCAACAAGGGCAGCGGUCCUCCUGCUAGUGGCAGCGACGCGGGAUUAGUCGCAGCCCUGUUCAAGGGUGCACGGCAACUCGGCUUCGAGCGACUCUUCCCCUCUCUUCCCCCCUCUCUCCCCCUCUCCCUGCAUCCGCGGCCUCACUCCCGUGCUGUCGCUGCGUGUGUGCGUGCGAACGGCGGCGUGCGGCGGCGUGCGCAGGUGCUGAUCCGGUACGGGCUGGAGGUGCUGUUCGGGCCCGAGGUGGCGCACGUCACGGACGACGAGCAGACCGUCUUCAUCGACCUGCCCGCUAACAUCGCGGGCAGUUUCAUAAUGGGAGUGGUGGGAGUGGCGGCGAAGCGGCACAUAGCGGCGUACUCGGAGCACCUGGCGAUCGGGCUGGCGACGGGGCUGUGCGGGUGCAUCACCACCUUCGCGUCGUGGAACCAGCGCAUGCUCGCCAUCCUCGCCUCCGGCCUCUGGGUGCGCGCCCUCGCCGGCUACAUCGUUGGAGCGGCGCUGCCGUUCGUGUCGCUGAUUGCGGGGAUCGACUUUGCGGACGGCAUCAAGUGGCAGAUCAAGCGCGCCAACGACCGCCGCACCGCGCGCGGCAAGCCGCCCCUGCGCGCGCCACGGAGCGACCACUUCGACCGGCGGUGGGCGUCGCUGCUGCUCUUCUUCUGCCUCUCCGUCUUCCUCGCCACCGCCGCCGCCAUCGGCACCGCGCUCGACGACUGGUCCUCCAAGACAAGGCGGCUGUGGUUUGCGUGCGUGGUGGCGGCGCCGGGCGCGUGGCUGCGGUGGUACCUGUCGUGGCUGAACGGCGGGACGGUGGGCAAGGGGCGGUGGUGGCAGUGGGUGCCCGUGGGCACUGUUGCUGCCAACGUGAGCGCGUCCGUGCUGGAGGCUGCUCUCUCUACUGUCGUGCUCGCU